AUGCAAAAUGAUCGCACGUGUUAUUCUAUUGUAUUUUCUAGAAUCAACGCUGAACCGGAAGAUGAAGCCGAGAAUCAUCCACGAAUAUGGGCACUACUCGUCGCCGGAUCAAAUGAUUGGUACAAUUAUCGACAUCAGGCUGAUGUUUGUCAUGCAUAUCAUGUAUUGAGACAUCAUGGCAUACCUGAGGAACAUAUUAUAACGAUGAUGUAUGAUGACAUUGCAAAUAGUGAAGACAAUCCAUAUCCUGGUAAACUCUUCAACAGACCGCAUGGACCCGAUGUUUAUCAUGGAGUCAAGAUCGACUAUAGAGAGAAAGACGUGACGCCAGAGAACUUCCUUGCGAUCUUACAAGGGAAUUCAUCCGCCGUUAAAGGUGGCAAUGGUCGAGUGAUCAAGAGUAAUGCACAUGAUCACAUAUUCGUUUACUUCACGGAUCAUGGAUCUACUGGAUCAGUUGCUUUCCCAUACGACAUUUUAAGUGCUUGCUCUGGAUUGAUUUUAGCAUGA